GCCGCGGUGGAAUGUCGUUGUAUCCCGGGACGCAGCCGUCGUCACUCGGGUCGUCGCACGUAAUCACGUCGUCAUCGUCACGGCAGUAGGAUAUUCGCCGCGUCUGUUGUGUGUUGGUGGUCGCUCCGCGUUCUCACUCGUCGGGGAUGAGCGAUCGGUGUUCGAGCGAUUCGCGCGAGCGGACGACGAGGUCGGGGGUCGUCGCGUCGGUGCCAGUGUGAGUCGUGUUCGCCGACGGCGCGGGGAAUCAGUAGAGUCGGCCGAAUACGAAUCGUGUUUUUUGCUUCCUUCUUGCCUGUGUGGCCUGCGUGGCGUGAAACGAAGUAGUGUACAGUUGAAACAGAGUGUCGUAGCCAUGAGUGCGUGACGGUGCGACCGAUCUCUCGAGCACCCGCGCGAGUAUUUUCCGGCUACAGGUGUGCGACUACGGGAACAUCCAGGAUGGAAGCGCGUCGUCGCGUAGCGUCGUGGUUGCGGCCGGCGAUCCUUUCGGCGAUCGCCGUUCUGUACCUGACGCUGGAUCACUGUACGGUGCACGGGCGCAGCAUCACGAGCCUGUCGCAGGCUCCGAGCGGCUGCGAGUGGAGAAAGGAAGACGACGACGCGGAAAAGAUUCUGGCGUGUCAGGUCAGAACGAUCGCGAACGUGCCCGAUCUGAUUGGAAAUCUCUCGGCGAUUCAGGUGGACACGAUAACGUCGCUGGGAUUAGAAUGCAGCGACGUGCUGUUCUUCGAGAGUCAACUCGAGGCACCGCACGGCUUUCUGUCGGUGCCGUUGCCGCGUCUCACGAAGUUGCGCGUCGAUUAUUGCAAGAUCCGGUACUUGCCCGGCGGGGUAUUCACCCCGGUGCACAAUCUCCGCAGUUUGUCCCUGCGAACGCACAACGGCGAUUGGUCGACCAUGACGCUGGAGCUCCAUCGCGAUGCGCUUCGCAGCCUGACGAAUCUGCAACACCUCGAUCUCACCGACAACAAUCUUUGGACAUUGCCGUCGGAACUGUUCUGCCCGGUGCAGAGUCUCGUGAGUUUGAACCUGACGCGCAACAAGUUACAGGACAUCACGUCCCUGGGCUUCGCCGACUGGAGCGAAUCUUGCACGCCGAAUCUCGAAAUUCUCGACAUCAGUAAUAAUGACCUCAGUGCCUUGCCCGACAGCGCGCUCAGCAGCCUGCACAGCCUGAGCGUGCUGAAGGUACAGGAUAACGUGAUCGGUUCCGUGGACGACAACGCUCUGACCGGCCUCACGUCUCUGCGAAUUCUCAACAUGUCUAGCAAUAAACUUGUCGCAUUGCCACCUGAACUAUUUUCCAAAACGAGAGAACUGAGACAGCUGAUACUCAGUAACAAUUCCCUCACGGUAUUGGCGCCCGGACUGCUGGACAGUCUCGAGGAGCUCCAGGAGUUGGAUCUCAGCAAUAACAUGCUGACGAGCUCUUGGGUGAAACGCGACACCUUCUCGCAACUCACCCGUCUCGUCGUCCUCGAUCUGUCGUUCAACGACUUGAUGAAAAUCGACGCGGUUGUCUUCAAAGGCCUGAGUAGCCUGCAGAUCCUGAAGCUCGAGCAUAACAAUAUCGACACGCUCGUCGACGGCUGCUUCGCCUCGCUCAUCAAUUUGCAUUCCUUAACGCUUUCGCACAACAAGAUCGCCAGAUUCGAGCCGGUGCACACGAUCGGUCUCAACGCGCUCGGACAACUCUUCCUGGACAGCAACAGACUGCGCGUCUUGCACAGGCAUGUGUUCACCAAUCUCACGAAUCUCCAGGAUCUUUCUCUGAGUGGAAAUGCUUUGUCGGAAGUCCCUUACGCGGUUCGCGUGUUGCACUCACUCAAAACUCUCGAUCUGGGCAAUAAUCAAAUGUCGAGAAUCGACAACGACUCGUUCGCCGGUUUAAAUGAAGUCUACGGAUUGCGUUUGGUGGACAACAAGUUGGAGAACGUCUCGCGCGAGGCAUUCGCUACCUUGCCGGCGUUGCAAGUACUCAAUCUAGCGAAUAAUUUCAUUCGUCACGUGGAACAGAGCGCUUUUUCGAAUAAUCCAGUGUUACGGGUUAUAAGGUUGGACGGAAAUCAAUUGACGGAGAUACGAGGCGCCUUCACGAGUCUCUCGACUCUCGUUUGGCUAAAUGUGUCCGAUAAUAAGCUGCUGUGGUUCGACUACAGCCAUCUACCGUCCAGCAUAGAGUGGCUGGAUAUACAUGCCAACCAAAUAAGCGAGCUCGGGAAUUACUAUAUGGUGCGCAACAAUCUGCGGAUAAAGAUGCUGGACGCCAGCUACAACCUCAUCACCGAGAUUAAGGAUAUCAACGUGCCGGAUAGUGUGGAGAUGCUGUUCCUGAACAACAACAAGUUACGCAGCGUGGCGGCCGGCACGUUCUCGCAGAAGCCGAAUUUGGAGAAGGUGGUGCUUUACGCCAACGAGAUCAGGAAGCUGGAGGUCGCCGCCCUCAGUCUGCAAUCGAUGCCGGAGAACAAGGAACUUCCUGCGUUUUAUAUCGGGGACAAUCCCAUUCUCUGCGACUGCACCAUGGAGUGGCUGCCGCGGAUCAACGAAAUGGCCCGGCUACGUCACUAUCCGCGCGUUAUGGACCUCGACGCCGUCACGUGCGACAUGGUGCACGCUCGCGCCACGCCGCGGCGUCCUCUGCUGUCCUUGAAGUCGAAGGACUUUCUCUGCCGAUACGACACGCAUUGCUUCGCGCUCUGUCACUGCUGCGACUUCGACGCGUGCGACUGCGAGAUGACCUGUCCCGACAAUUGUUCGUGCUAUCACGAUCACAGCUGGUCCAGCAACGUCGUCGACUGCUCCAACGCCGGAUACAAACACGUGCCGGAGCGAAUACCCAUGGACGCGACGGAGAUCUAUCUGGAUGGUAAUGAGCUGGGCGAUCUGAGCAGCCACGUUUUCAUCGGCAAACGUCGCUUGGAGGUGCUGUAUCUGAAUAACAGUGGUAUCAUCGCGAUACACAAUCGCACGUUCAACGGUGUCGGCGCCUUGCGCGUUCUUCAUCUCGAGGACAACGCGUUGCGGGAGCUGCGGGGCUUCGAAUUCGAUCAGCUGGAACGUAUGUCAGAACUGUAUCUGGAUCACAACGCGAUUGCCACCGUGGGCAACACGACCUUCAAGAAGAUGCGAAAUCUCGAGGUGCUGCGACUGGACAGUAAUCGUAUCGUCGAUUUCCGACCGUGGGAGGCCUUGCCGAGCGUCGGUGACGGCACCAAAGUCGCGCUGGAGGGCAACGCGUGGAGCUGCGAGUGCGGGAACGCUGCUAGAUUGCGCGCCUGGCUCGCGGAGCAUCGUGGCGAUCCGGAGAAGAUGUACUGUCGCGACGGUGUCGAGACCCUCGCCCAAGCAAUGGAGCGAUGCGGUGAUCCGUCCACGGAAGCCGUGAGUCGCGGUAUCCAGGAAAUCCCGCUGCUAGGCAGUAAUUUCGUGCCCCUGCUCGCUGGUGCACUGGUAGCCGUAAUCGCAAUUUGUCUCUUCAUCGCCCUGGCCUUCGUCUUUCGUCAAGACGUGCGACUGUGGGCCCACGCGCGUUACGGACUACGACUCGGCAAGAUGGCGGCGCCGCCCGACGAGGAGAGAGACAGACUGUACGACGGUUAUAUCAUCUACAGCGAGCGCGACGAGGACUUCGUCUCCAGAUUCCUCGCGGCUGAGUUGGAGCAGGCUGGCUUGGCUCUCUGUUUACAUUGGCGUGACUUGCCGCCGGCCAGACCGCAGGAAGCGUUACCGCCGGCCGCGGCUUCUGCGCGACGCAUCGUGAUAAUCUUCUCGCCGGUGUUCCUCGCGAACGAAUGGCAACACGCGGAGUUCCGCGCCGCUCUGAGAACGGCGCUCGAGAACAUCAGGCCGACCUCGCGGAAGCGUCGAGUUGUAGUGCUGCUCGCUACCGAGACGCCUACCCGGGACCCGGAGUUGCAGCUGCUGCUGCAGACGUGCACGGUGGUAGUCUGGGGCGAGAAGAGGUUCUGGGAGAAGCUCAGGUUCGCCAUGCCGGACUCGGUCGACAAGCGACGUGACAGCAAGAAGGUCAACGACCGCAACCGCACGCCGACGCGGUACACCGCGGCGCCUUCCGCUGCCGUGGACGUUUGGACCAAGCCUAAUGGCGUUUUGGUCGCGCCGGUGCAUCAUGCACCCACGCCGACACCCACGCAGUCUACCUACGUCAGUUCGGCGUCGAGCCGCACCGAGGACGAGGACAGUGGCGCGGAGCAUCAACAUCAGCAUCAGCAUCAGCAUCAGCAUCAGCUUCAGCAUCAGCAUCAGCAUCACCAGCAUCACCCGCACCAUCCGCAUCAGCAUGGUUACAGCGCGCUGCAUGCCGGUAACGGCCGUCCGGCAAGUCUGUCCUCGAGAGGCAGCCAUCUCUACAGCACCAUACCGGAACCGCCGGUGGUGCCCACCGCGCCACCCGGGGAGGCCCUCGCUCCCGCGCAUCCAGGCAAUCCGCGUACUUACUUCGUCUAGCGCAGAAGGGCGGCGAUCGUGCUCCGAUCCGGCAGAAGAUAGACCGACUCCCCCACCUUUUUUCUUCCGGUCUUCGUCUCGCUUCCGGUACCCGCUGAGACACGGUCGUCCGACUUUAUCGCGAUGUUUCUCACUAGGAGAGAUCGAGAUGUAAAAAAAAUUCCUUCGCUUCAGGACAAACUGUGACUACACUUGUACAGUAUUCCCAAUACUCGCGACGUAUCGACCGUCACCCCGACUGAGGCGCUUUAACUCUUCCACUUCGGGGUCGAUCGCCCCGAAUGAACCACUCGGCCGCGAACGGAUAUCCAUUCGCAACACGCGCGCAUAAUAUUAUAUACGUACGAAAUCGAUUCGAUGCCUUGUGCUUAUUAUCACAAUGUACGACGAUAGAUUUUAAAGGCUUGACUUUUCUUUCCCAAAAUCUUUAGGGAUACGCAAGACGCGCGCGCGAUCGUCACUCUUCGUUCCUUUCUCGAUAUCUCUUUUUCACGUCGUUGCGCAAUGUUCUUCCAAAUCACGACCAAAUACCCGUUUCGAAACUCACGUUCCGAGGGCCGCUUUCCCUUCGUAUAUAGAUCUUGUAAAUAACCGACGCAGCAUCGGCGAGAAUCUAGAUUUUUGUGCGCUUUGAUUUAGCUAGCGAGACGUCGCGUGAGAUGAAAUGGAGAAUCGACAUUAAUUUAUAUGUGUAUAUAUAUAACGUACACCCGCGCUCUCUAAUUUCUCGCGAAUCUCCUUCGCGCGUCUCUACGUCGACUAAUUUAUUUCGCCACGCGAAAUCAUGAUGAAUCAUCGUGGCCCGAAACUGGGUCGCGAUCAAAAGCAACUGAGCGAAUUUUACUGAUUGUUUCAUUACGAUGAAUAGGUCGCCAAUUUAAAUGUUUUGUCAUUUGAUCCCUUUCACAUACGAAUUCUUUGAUUUAGAGUCGUGCUGUUUCGAUUUGCAUUAAUUGUCAUAACUGUCAGUAAAUUCGUCAAUAUUUGUGGUAUGGAUAUAUACGAUGAACGCGGUGAAUAAUGAUGAUAAUGGCAAUAGCUAAAUGUAGUACGGGGAUUGAUGUUAUGACGCACAACACGAUCAUUUUGUGAAUAUUAAUUAAAUCGUGUCGAUAAUUUUUGUCUCUAACAUCAUUCACGUCAAACAACAUACGUGGAACAAUUGUAAUAUUUGUAACGGUAUUAGAAAACGUACAAGAGAGGAUAUAAAAAGAGUUCUUUAUCAAUAUUUAUUUUAAAUACGCUUGGACGAAUGCAUUUAUUUUAUAUCGUACACGGUGAUACUUUAUUUUAUUAGCGAUAUAACCGUAUUAUGCGUUUGACAACUUAAUUGCGAAUAUUUAUAUAUACAUAUAGAUAUAUAUAUAUAUUUUUUUUUCGAUACUCGAAUAACGUUACACGAGAGAAGUGAUACGUACAUAUACAUACGAAUAUUGUAUGAAUAUCGCUUUUUCGUUCAUCCAUUUGAUUUCGGGAUGGGCAUCGAAAUGUCGAAGAAACCAUUUUUACAUAGUACAUUUCGAAUUAUUAUAAAUAUAAAGCGUAAAAUUUUGUCAAGUACGUAAUCGUAAUAAUUUUCGACAAGACUAAUGUAGAUAGUACGAAUAUAUUUUUCCUUCCGUAUUACGAUUCAAGAAAUCUUAAGAUAAAGUUCCUCGCGCAUCUGACACUUCUUUGGGACCCGAGGCGCAUCCCUCUUUGCCAUUCCUGUCGUUUGUUCGUCAAUCACUCGCGAUGAAGUGGAAUAACGAAUCAUCAAGUGUUAAAUGACAGAAAGAAAAGACAGACGUCUCGCGAGAGCUUGUUCCUAAAGAUUCACGACUGUCUUUGGUGAAGUAACGGUUGCAUAACGCUUAUUAGUCCGUAAGUGAACUCUCUGUAAAUAUUGUAUCUAAUUUUGUAAAUAUAAUCAUGCACAUUUCCGAGCACACCGAAGACCAGCGUUGCUGGAAACGUAACUGGUCGUGGAUACAUCUUAACUAUAAUUGCGCGUUUAGGACUGUAUAAUUCUAAUUGUAUUGUAUUAUUGUAAAUAUGCUCAUCGAAUCACGCAUUAUAUAUUCACAGUCUGUUAAAUACGUAUUAAAUUAAUUGCCACUUUCCAUUUCAGCAAAGAAUCAUGAAAAUA